AUGGUGGGUGUUAUUUCGUUGGUAACAGGGAUGCCAGGUCGAAGCGGGUUUGGAUCAGCUUCAACUGCAGAACAGGUUACUGAAGGAAUCGAUGCAAGCAACCUCACUGCAAUCAUCACAGGAGGAGCAAGUGGUAUAGGCUUGGAAACAGCACGAGUCUUGGCUCUUCGAAAGGUGCAUGUCAUCAUUGCAGUGCGAAACAUGGUUUCAGCAAAGAAAGCUAAACAAUAUAUACUAGAGGAGAACCAAUCUGCACGUGUGGACGUAAUGAAGCUCGACCUAUGUUCAGUGAAUUCUGUCAGAUCUUUUGUGGACAAAUUCAUCGCUCUUGAUCUUCCUCUGAACAUCUUAAUAAACAAUGCUGGAAUCAUGUUCUGCCCCUUCAAGCUCUCAGAGGAUGGGAUUGAAAUGCAGUUUGCAACAAACCAUCUAGGGCAUUUCCUCUUGACAAACCUUCUUCUUGACAAAAUGAAACAAACUGCAAAAGCCACUGGAAUAGAGGGAAGGAUCGUAAAUCUGUCAUCAAUUGCCCAUAACUACACUUACAGAAAGGGGAUAAGAUUUGAUAAGAUCAACAAACGAAAAGGCUAUGGUAACAAGAAGGCGUAUGGGCAGUCCAAGUUAGCUAAUAUAUUACAUGCAAAUGAGCUUUCUCGUCGCCUGCAGGAAGAGGGUGUGAACAUCACAGCCAACUCAGUCCAUCCAGGAGUGAUAAUGACUCCUCUUAUGAGAUACUCCUCUAAUCUCAUGCAUUUACUGAAAAUCUUCACCUUCUACAUAUGGAAGAACGUUCCACAGGGAGCAGCCACUACAUGCUAUGUUGCUCUCCACCCAAGCGUGAAAGGUGUAACUGGGAAGUACUUUGUGGAUUGCAAUGAAUUUAAACCAAGUGUUUUUGCCUCAAACAAACAACUAGGAAAGAAACUCUGGGAUUUUAGCAAGCAGUUGAUCAAUUCAAUUUCAAAAGCUUGA